AUGGAUGAGUUAAAUGGUGAUCUUUAUGGGGAUGGCCUUGUUAGUCUGGGGGAUGAGGGUUCUUUAGAAUCUACUGAUAAUGGAAAACAGGAGCAAAGUUGCAAAAUUUGCGACAAUAAGCUCUGCAGUCCUCGAGUGUUGUCAUGUCUCCAUGUAUUCUGUGAAGCGUGUAUAGAUAAGUUGAUGGUGAAUGAAGCUGGAGAUUCUCUAAAGUUUGAUUUGGCAGUUGAGUGUCCUUUAUGCAAACAAGAAACCAAGAUACCUGUUGGGGGAGCUGCAUCUCUACCAUCAGAUUACGUCAUCACCAACAUCCUAGAUGUGUCCUCUAUGGAUCAGUCAGUCGUUUGUACCUGCUGCAAGAGUAAGGAGCCCGCCGUGGCUCGAUGCACCGAUUGCUCUCAUUUCUUGUGCUCUAAUUGCAACUCCGCUCACGAAUUUAUGCGCUGUUUCGAAAAUCAUCGAGUUGUUCCAUUCGACGCGCUGAGGUCCUCAAAGGAAAAGUCUGCGGUUCACAAACCAAUUUUUUGCAGCCGUCACGUUGGUGAGAGUCUCAAAUUGUAUUGCUGCGACUGCGAAGUUGGCGCGUGCACCGAGUGCCUCACGAUAGACCAUAAGGUCGGAGAGCAUCGUUGCGAGCGUAUAGUCGACGCCGAACCGAAUCUUAGAGCAGAAUUGCGUAAUUACAUAGUAGAAGCUAACGCCCGCGCCGCCGCUGCAGGCAGUGCGUCGGCUAGGCUGGAUGACGCUUUAGGUGACAUACAACGCCAGCGCGACGAAGCUGAAAACGUCAUUAAUGAAGCGUUCCAUGCUUACAAAGCUGCUCUAGAGAGACGACGUGAGAAAGCGCUCGAAGAACUUGAGCGCCUGCACAAAGAGAGAGAAUUGAAAGUCAUGGAUUUGUUCGACCGCGUGGACAAAACUGUACAGCGCAUUGAUUGUGCUUGCAAGUUUGCCGCGCGACUGCUGCGACGUGGCGAUGGCACAGAGAUUGUAAUGCUGAAGAAAACUGUAGCUUCGCAGUUCACGCGUCUAUUGGAGGGCGCUCCUGAAUUCGAUGUCGAUUACUCUCUAGAGUUUGUCACGAACGUCGAUAAAUUCGACACGGUCACCGAAGAGACGUUUGGCACUUUUCGCACUGAAGCGACGAAAGCCGAGGAAAGGAAACGCCUAAGCGAGUCAUCUGCUAUUGUGUCGGUUGCAUCGAACUCUCAUUCACCAGCCGUGUCCGUAACAAACGCUCCGGUGUUCGAUGAAUUUCCAAUGGGUAACGUUCGCCGUGUAACUGGAGUAGGCAUGGUAUGCGUGCCAGGAGUGGGCGGAGUUUCCGCCAUGGGAGUCGGAGGCGUGGGCUCCGUAUCUGGAGUAGGAUCCGUUGCGAACCCCGGAGUUCUUCCAGGCGUGGUUAACGUGAACAACGUGUCAGGUGUGGGUGCAGUUACAGGCGUCGGUGGUGUUCCAGCUUUGUCAUCGAUGGUCGAAUAUAAUUUACAACAACUAGCCAGCAUUGCUGAAAAGGAUGUUCCACCACCACCGCACGCAUCUCCAGCCCCGUCGUUCACACUCGCCGAACUACUCGCUGGUGAUUUGAACUCUCCUCACGCUUACAACAACUUGCAAGCUCUAGCCAAACUUGGAUUGACUACAGAGGUGAAUGGUUAUGGUGGUGUCGGAGCAGUGAGCAGUAUUAGUGCAGUAGGACCCCGUGGUGUAUCUCCCGGCAGGCCUCUACUAACAGCUGCUGAAGAAGCUGCUCUGGUAGCACCCCCGGCACCCCUUGUGCGCGCCACUAAAGCCACUCCAAUGCAUAUCCGCUUCAAAUUCGGUCAACUUGGAGGUGGAAAGGGCCAGUUCAACUCACCCCAUGGUUUUUGCCUGGGAAAUGAUGAAGACAUAAUAGUCGCCGACACAAACAAUCACCGUAUAACGGUGUUUGACAAAUCGGGUAAUCACAAAUUCAACUUUGGAGUAGCUGGUAAAGAGGAGGGUCAGUUGUGGUAUCCGCGUAAAGUGGCCGUCGUGCGAGCUACUGGCAAGUUUGUCGUUUGCGAUCGCGGCAAUGAAAGAUCUAGAAUGCAAAUAUUCACUAAGAACGGACACUUCUUGAAGAAAAUCGCUGUGCGAUUCAUCGAUAUCGUCGCUGGACUGGCGGUGACUGCCGAAGGGCUGAUAGUGGCUGUAGACAGUGUCACUCCCACUGUCUUCAUCCUCUCCGAGGAGGGCGAUCUCAUGAGCUGGUUCGAUUGCAGCGAAUGCAUGAGGGAACCAUCCGACAUUGCUAUUAGUGGCAAAGAGUUCUACGUAUGUGACUUCAAGGGUCACUGCGUGGUCGUGUUCGACGAAGAGGGUCGCUUCCUGCGCCGCAUUGGCUGCGAGAAUGUGACCAAUUUCCCCAACGGCAUCGACGUGUCGGACGCCGGCGACGUCCUCAUUGGGGACUCGCACGGCAACAAGUUUCAUGUUGCCGUAUUCUCGCGGGACGGAGUACUCGUCACUGAAUUUGAGUGCCCCUAUGUCAAGGUGUCACGUUGCUGCGGCCUGAAGAUAACUUCUGAAGGCUACAUCGUCACUCUGGCUAAGAAUAACCACCACGUUCUAGUCCUCAACACCCUUUAUAUUGUCUGA